AUGCCAAAGAAACAAAAUACUAAGGUUACUUUAAUUUCAGCAGAAAAACUUCUUGAGAAUAUUCCAAAAAGUGGAAAUGUCACAUCGGAAGCUGAAAACAAACUAAUACCUAUACACGUGGGCCAGAAAAUGCAUAUUUUUCUUAAUGAACAAGAAUUUAUAAUUAGAGUUAUAGUUGGCAAUAAAGAAAGUCUAAAAUGUCCUGGUUAUUGUUGUAAAUCAGGAGAAUUUUCAAGUAAUGUAGAAACUUCAGCCACAGAAGCUAUUUCAAGUUUAUAUAUGCAAAUUUUUCACAACAAAACAAGAAAAUCUGAUGCUAUAGCUAUUAGUUAUAAUGACAAAAAUAUAAUUGAAGAACUUCAAGAGGACGUUACAUUUUUCCUUUCUUUAUUUGUUUAG